AUGGCGAGACAAUGGAUUCUGACUGGCCAAGAAGGCUUCGAAAAAUCCCUCCAGUAUCAGGAGGGCCUUGAUAUUCCAUCUGCCCAUAAAUUGGGCUCUCAUGAUGUUCUCGUAGCCAUGCAUGCUGCAAGUCUGAACUACCGCGAGCUGAUGAUCGCUGGACCCGUGGGUAUCAAUGGACCAAUUACGCCACCAGUGAUUCCGGGGUGUGAUGGUGCUGGCAUAGUCACAGACGUAGGAUCCUCUGUUAUGGACUUCCGUCCCGGAGACCGAGUUGUCACAUACGUCGCACCGAAACUAGCUGAAUCUCGUGGUGACGAUGCUCUCCCUAGUAUCGCUGAUGCCAUGCUUUGCCGGGGUCAAGGAAUUGAGGGCACACUCCGUUCCCACGGAGUUUUCUCGGAGGUGGGCCUUGUCCAUGCACCAAAGUCCUUGGAUUACCUUCCAGCAGCCACUUUGUCUUGCACUUGGAUCACCGCGUGGAACGCCCUAUUUGGCUUGAAAGGCCGGGAAGCAGGUCCUGGUUCGUGGGUGCUUGUCCAAGGCACAGGUGGUGUUAGUGUUGCUACUCUGCAACUUGCUAUCGCGGCCGGUGCUUCUGUCAUUGCUACAACAUCGAAUGACGAGAAAGCAGCUCGCCUUAAGGCUCUCGGUGCGACCCACGUUAUCAACUAUCGCACAAAUCCUCAAGGGUGGGGCGAGGAAGCCCGGGGCUUGACCCCAAAUGGAAGAGGGUUGGACUUCGUUAUUGAUGUCGGUGGUAAUGAAACUCUAUCCCAGUCUCUUGCGGCUGUGUGCGUGGAUGGAAUCGUUCUGGUGGUCGGUGGAGUUGGGGAAACUAUGGAGGUGGUGCCCAUGUUCGCGGCUCUUAUGCACACAUGCAUUGUGCGUGGGAUUCUUGCAGGAAGCCGCAACCAAUUCCGGGACUUGAUUCGCUUCAUUGACAACAAGAAAAUCGUGCCUGCGGUUGAUGAUGUGGUCUUUGAACUUGCGGAGGCGAAGGGUGCGUACAAGCGCCUCAAAGAAAAGAAACAUUUUUCGAAAGUUUUGAUCAAGAUUGAUCAAGUCUAG